AUGAUCAUCUCUAAUAUGACUUAAAGCAUAUCUCGUGUAUCAGAUAAGAUAUUGACGGAAACGAAUUCAAUCGUCUACUCUUUGAAUAAGUCUAAGAGAAGCAGUUUAAAGCAUAGAAAUUACAAACUGAAUCAGGAAGAAUUGAUCAAUACAAAUGAAACCUAAUUGAGAAGAAAAAGUUGCUAUUGCAGCGAAUGCGGUCAACUAAGUUAGUUUCAAUAUAAGCAUUAAAAUAACAAUGUUCCAUUAAGGAGGAUUACAACUUUCCAAAAAAAUCAGAUGAUGAGCAAAUCUAUGAAAAUCACUCCUGUUUCCAAUCGGUCAUCCAUUCUUAUUUAGAGACACUAAUUCAGAACGAACACCUGCAGAGAGAUCUAAUUAUCCUAAGUGUAUAACAUAUCACCAAGAUUAACUCCCAUGAAGGAAAAUGCAGUUGUCCUCAACAGAAAUAAAGAACUCUUCUAUAAUGAACUAUUGGAGUAAAUGAAGAGAAAGAGUCGAUUGAAUUUUCAUUAGCUUAGUGUACCUCAAACAAAAAAGGAGCAAGAACCACAAGUGAUUAAAAAACACACUUAAACAUCUUCAACUCAUCGGAAAUAGAAACCAGAUAUUAGACCAUAUUUUAGUCAUUUAAAAUUGAAACCAAUAAAUUAAAAAUUCUAAACUUCUCACUUUGAAAUCUGA